UGUGACAAAUUAAAGCUCAUGCUUUUAGGUUACGCAGUGAAGAAGGCGGAAGAGCAUCAAAUUAACAACUUCUGGAGAAGAAGAAGAAUGUGGACGCGGAUACUCGCACGAGCAACACGUGCUGUUGCCGUUGCCGGCAACUAUUCACUCAUUAAUCAACCCAUCUCUGACCCUAUCUUUCUCAAAAUCCCCAAAUCAACUUUUCCCCAAAUUUUCAAUAACCCUCGAUUUUUGGUCACCUCCAACCUCGACAAUGAGCUCUCACCGGAUUCUUCAGUGAACGGCGGUGACAGACAGCUCGCAGAAGAAGAAGAAGGAGGAGGAGGAGGAGACACGUACGAGGUUGAUUCCGACACGUUGGAGAGUGUGCUACGUCUUCUCCAAACCAGCGCUGAUGGGUCCCUUGAGUCGUGUUUGGAUGACAUGGAUUUGACACUGCACCAGCAAUUGGUAACGAAAAUAACCGAAACUCCGUUUGUUUUGAGUGAGAAUCUGAUAAGGUUUUUCUGGUGGGCAUGGAGUGAGAGAUCAUUGGAAGUGACAACCCCAAUGGUGGAGUCUCUUGUUUUGGCCAUAUGUGGAAAUGAUGAUGUGAGGAAGAAGAAAGAGGUGGUGUACUCGUUGUGGGACUUGGUUAAGGAGAUUGGAGAGAAGGAGAGUGGACUCCUCAAUGUCAGGAUUCUCAAUGAGUUGAUUAGUUCCUUCUCCAGGUUGCGGAAAGGGAAGGCUGCAUUGGAGGUGUUUGAUAAAUUUGAGGCUUUUCACUGUGUGCCCGAUGCAGACACUUAUUACUUUACAAUCGAAGCGCUUUGUCGGCGGCGAGCUUUCGAUUGGGCCUGUGGUGUUUGUCAGAAGAUGGUUGAUGCGCGGACAUUGCCUGAUGCUGAGAAAGUUGGCGCCAUUUUGUCUUGGUUGUGUAAAGGGAAGAAGGCUAAGGAAGCCCAUGGAGUGUAUGUGGUGGCAACAGAGAAAGGGAAACUGCCACCCGUUAAUGUGGUUAGCUUUUUGGUUUUGAAGCUUUGUGGAGAAGAUGAAACUGUGAAAUCUGCUCUGGAGAUCUUGGAGGAUAUCCCUGAGGAGAAGAGGGAGCGGGCAAUAAAGCCGUUUUUGGCGGUUGUCCGGGCCUUGUGUAGGAUUAAGGAAGUUGAUAAGGCCAAGGAGUUGUUGUUGAAGAUGAUUGAGAAUGGGCCACCGCCUGGGAAUGCUGUUUUCAAUUUUGUUGUUACGGCGUAUUCGAAGGCUGGGGAAAUGGGGAAAGCUGUGGAGAUGAUGAGGUUGAUGGAAAGUAGGGGGUUGAGACCAGAUGUGUACACUUAUACUGUUCUUGCUAGCGCUUAUUCAAAUGGUGGGGAGAUGGAAGAGGCUCAGAAGAUCUUGGCAGAAGCAAAAAAGAAGCAUGUUAAGUUGGGGCCUGUGAUGUUUCACACUCUGAUUCGUGGAUAUUGCAAGUUGGAACAGUUUGAUGAGGCUUUGAAGUUAUUGGCCGAGAUGAAAGAUUAUGGUGUCCGUCCAAGUGUUAAUGAGUAUGACAAGUUAAUACAGUCUCUCUGCUUGAAGGCUUUGGAUUGGGAAAUGGCAGAAAAGCUACAGGAGGAAAUGAAAGAGAGUGGUUUGCAUCUCAAGGGCAUCACGAGGGGUUUGAUUAGAGCUGUCAAGGAGAUGGAGAAGGAGGUUGUGGAGGCUGAGAGCAUUACUGCAGUGGUGUAAACAUUGUUUGCUCUUUGAGGUUAUGUGUGAUGUGAGAGGCCUUGUAGUUGUAACUCUUUUCUGAUUAGCAUACCAUUUUGUUAGGAAGUUGCCAUCUUAAUGCAAAAAUAAUUGAGUGGAGAAAAUUUAAGAAGUGAUUGCUGAUGUGUUUGAUGUCUUUUACAUGCAUUUUUUUUUCUUCUUUUUAUGAUAUUGAAUUAAGUUGGCCAUGUUUUAUA